UUGCUCAUGGGCUCUCGCAACUACAGUGGUCUCUCAGAUAGCCCAAAGCACUAUCGGCACAUUAAUCCAAUCCAAUCCAAAAAGUAUCUUAGCGAAAUGAGCGCUCCCAGGCAUCGUAUCAAACGAAGAUUGGACAACAUGUCUUCUUUCAAGGGUCGAUACAAUGACACCAUGGCGGCGGAAUAUCCGCCCGAUCCUCCUGCCGAAGAUGUUGCGGAAGAGGAGGACAACACAAACGCCGACAAGAACUCCUUGUUGUCUCCCAUUGUCAACUUUGCCACCGGAGAUGCCGUGAGUACUACCAGUACCAAGGCGACUGCUGCGACAGCCAGCGUCAUGAGUCACAGCAACAACAGCACCAUCAACAGUACCAACAAUAGCACCACUAGCACCAUUAGUGAUGACGACAAUGACUACAUUGGCGACGUCGACGAGGAAACUAGCAACCAUGGCGCGAAUACAACCGGCAAUGAUGGAAACAACAACAACCACCGAGGUAAGAAUGGUAGGACCUUUGGCAAAGGCAAGAGUGGCCGUCGUAAGAAUCCCUUUGGAGCCAUGGCGCGUCGCUUGGGCAAGGGCAAAUCGUCCGCAUCUGAAGAACCUAGGAGCAAGGAACAACUGGCUGCCGCAGUCUCGGAUGCUUUGGGUGCCUUUGAUUACGAUGACGACAAUACCAACAACAACAAUUUCACAAUCUCGGAUGAGGGCGAAGAACUGGAUCCCCCCAGGGUCAAACCCUUGCCUUUGGCUCCCACCAAACAGUCGGCCAGCAGCAAAAACAAUUCCCCCGUGGCGGAGGCCUUUCAAACCUCUGUCAUUGUCUUGACGCAGGUUGUGGCGGACAUUGGCAUGGCUGCAGCCGAGGCCGAAGCUGAGGCCAAUGGGUGGGAUGUGACCAUUUGCAUCUCGGAUACCGUCGGGAUCCCCAUUCAAGUCAAGCGUAACACCGACAUGAUUGGUACGGCGGCAUCCUUUGACUUGGCCGUUGGCAAGGCCAAAAUGGCCUCCAUGUUUGGCAGACCCACCGGCAGGCCUGGUGCUGGAACUCAAGAUGCCGCAUCGGCGGCCUUGGUCUCCCUCUACCCAUACCUCCACAUGAGCGGAGGGGUUCCCCUCAUUUUGAAUGGAACUUGCUGUGGAUCUGUAGGAGUCAGUAGCGGUGGUUUGAUCACGCAGGAUGAUCAAGAAGCGGAUGAGCAGGUGGCAUGGGCAGCUGUAAAGGCCAUGGCGGACAUCUACUGGUCCUACCAAGUGUUGGCUUCGAGUGGAGAACAGUAAGCAGCUGGUCAAGCAAGUCAACCAAACAAGUACUGUGGAUGAUAUUCAUCUAUCUACAAGAAUUCGUUUGAGUGCAUAUUGAAAUUUCGAUUGUGGCGUACCGGUACAUGGGGAAGCAGAGCGUCAACAACCAGGUACCUGGUAUUUGCUACGGUGCAUUUAUUCUCAAGUUGAGACUGUUACAUUUGUUUUCUAACGAUAUCUAUAGACAAAUUUGACGUCC